UCAAAAGCAGAAAUUUUUCUCCUCUUUUUCCUGUUCAUGUAUCUUUGUUAAUUGCCAAGUUAUCAUUUUUUGCAGAAGAGAGGUUAUGUAUCAAAUCAAAAGUCAAAAUUUUGGAUGAUUGCUUCAUCGUCAGUUUGAGUUCAGCAAGUUCUUUGUCUCCUCCCCCUUGUCACAUUUUCAUCGACAUCAUCUCUUUCUAAAAAUGUCCUUUUAAGGCAGGAGUUCUGGGGUAAUAACUUUGGCAUUUACAGGUAUUAUGUUUUGUGGACAAAGUCAAAGAGAAGAAAAGCGUCUUGAUACAAUAUUCAUUCAUGGAUCAAGUCUAAAAGAUCAUGAAUUCCACAGCCCCAAUACCCGUUAAUUGCUAUUUACCCCCUGCGACACUUUUCGUCACGCAAUAGCUUCAGGGCUUCGAAGAUUGAAGAUGAGAACGCUAGAUAGAUUCUUUCUGAAAUGAAUUAUAAAGCCACAAAUGCGUUGCAUUGUAUCUAGUGCAACUGCAACGAAGCAUGCAAGAAUGGAAGCAAAUAAAAACGAUAAUUCAGUUUCUCUUCUUUUUCGAUAUUCCCCUAAUUAACUUUAUAACCUCUUCUGCUACCUAUAAAACCUAUAUCUCUGCUCUCUAAUUACCUAAUUACACCAACAAUGACUCUCGUUCCAGUCCCUCAUUACUCACUUCCUCACACAACCAAAGCUUGUCGUCUUUCUUCAAUCAAUGAGUUAUAGGUUUAUUUGAACAAGCUUUGUUUCUGGUCUUGUUAGACCUGGACCUUCGGGGAGGUUUAAAUUCUGAACAACAUUUUUGACUCAAUUUACAAAUCGCAACAGCACGGUUUAUGUAGUCAGUGGAGCGUUUGAAACAACCCGCAGUUAAAACAUUGCAGGUAGGUAGCAGGCAGAUUUAUCAUUAUUAUUGAUUGCUGGGCAUACAACAAAGCUUGUAAGCCGCCUGGAUUUGCUAUUUUUGGGGUUAUCAUGGAAUUAAACCGCCAAAUAAGAACUUCGAAGCAUGCAAGCAGCCCUUCAAAAUACGUCACAGCAAGUUCAACAUUUUGGUUACUCUCAGCAGUGAAGACAUUACGUUUUACUCUUUCUACUGAUCUUAUGAUAAUAAUAUUACUUGGAUUGGCAAUGCAACAGUUUAUGCAAGCAUCAACCACAACAGCAAAUAUCGAAAAACGAGAUGUUACUGCGGAUGAUGCGGAGAUAUACGAACACGCCGCUGUGGCAGCUGAUACAGUAACCUGCUCAGAAAUAGGAGUGGAAAUCCUUCAACGCAAUGGUUCAGUAGUGGAUUCGGCAGUGGCAUCCUGUUUCUGUUUAAGCGUCAUCAAUAUGCAUUCAUCAGGACCGGGUGGUGGAGGUGUAAUGCUUGUGUACAUAAGAGAAAAUAAAACUUUUGAGACUUUCAGUUACAGAGAACGUGCACCACUUUCAGCUACUGAAGAACUCCUAAAAUCAAGGUCAAACGAAACACUUAGAGGUGCCCUUUCAGUUGCUGUACCUGGAGAAAUUCGCGGGUUACACGCUGCAUGGAAAAAGUAUGGAAAACUACCGUGGCGUGAUCUCAUUCAACCGACCAUUGAUAUGACAGAAAAUGGCUUUAGAAUUCAACUUAGGCUUUAUGAAGCAGCCAAUACAUUUAGAGAGAUAAUUGAAGCAGACGAAGGAUUCAGUAAAUUGAUGAUACGGAAUGGAACAUUGAAGAACCUUGGAGAAAAACUGACAAUGCCAGACUAUACGAAGAUGUUGAGAAAAAUCCAAGAAGACCCUGAAGAUUUCUAUCAAGGUUCUAUUGCGCGUGAGGUUGUUGAAGAUGUUCAAAGUCAUGGUGGGAUUAUCACUCUAGAAGACUUGAAAAAUUACAAAGUUCAGACCCCAGACGUUCUAUCACAUCGAAUAGGAAACUAUACCUUCAACACAGCCACGUCUCCCUUUGGGGGACCUAUAGUCAUUCAUGUCCUUAACAUUCUGAGUGGAUAUAAUUUCACCAAGGAUGACUUUUCGAGUGACGAGAAAUCACUCCAAACAUACCAGCGAAUUGCAGAGGCCUUUAAGUUUGCGUACGCGCAAAGAACACAGGAAGGCGACCCUGAUUUUCUAGAGGCAGAGCUCGUAAAAAAGUUUCUUCAAAACGUUACCUCAGAUGAAAUAAGCAAAUAUGUGAGGAGCAUGAUUACUGAAAAUUCGACUCACCCUGUUGAUUACUACGGCCCAGUAAUGGCACAGCCUUUGGAAGAAGGAACAACUCACGUAAGCAUCAUAGGCCCCAAUGGAGAUGCUGUUUCAGUAACUGGAACUAUAAACGAGUGGUUUGGAGGUGGUUUUAGAUCGAAAACAAAUGGAAUAAUUUACAAUAAUGAAAUGGCUGAUUUUGGCCUGCCUGGACACAGCGGGCAUGAAUUCCCAGCAGCCCCUGCAAACGCCCUGAAACCAGGAAAAAUACCUUUGUCUGCUAGUACUCCAAUGAUUGUGACAGAUGACAAUGGAGAUGUGAAAAUGGUCCUUGGUGCGUCUGGUGGUCCGAGAAUCAUCACAGCUGUUACUUGGGUAAUAUUGAACAAAUUAUGGUUUGGUGACGAGCUAGGACAUGCUGUGAGUAAGCCAAGGUUUUAUCAUCAAUUGAUUCCAAAUCACGUAACAAUGGAGGAGAAAAUACCAAUGUCACAGAAAGUGAUUGAUGGACUCAGGAGACUUGGACACGAGAUUGACUUCAACGAUCGUCCUGAAUUUUCUUCAGUGCAGGCUAUUUAUGUGGAAAAUAAAACGCGAAUUUUCGCAAAAUCCGAUCCAAGGAAGUAUGGGCAUACAGCGGGAUUUUAGUUCGUUAAUUUGGUAAAAUGUCUGAAUAGAAUAUGAACUAAUAUGACAGCCUUCCCUGAUCCAUCCACGGUUUAUAAAGUUUCUAUUCUGUGGAAAAAAGGAAGUUUAGAGCAGAAUCUAAGGAGAAAAGAAGGAGGGAAAUGAGUCCGUAAAGUCUGCACGCAUACUCAGCGUAUGGGGAUCGUACGUGAAAAGGGCCACCAAGGAUACUACACGAUGUUAAAUCGUAUGGUUAAAUGAACGCGUUCAUAUCACCUGACAGUUGAUGCAAACAAAAGCUUUAUUGCUAUAAAUAUUAACUGAAAAACUAUGGAAUAUUAGUUGAUUAAUCACAUUAAAAAGAUCUAGUCAACAAAGCCACUCUUUUAAACUUAACAGUUUAUGGUAGUAUUUUUUAAUAUUUAGGCGGUUUAUUAAAGUUUUCAUAUAUAACCCUUUUAAUUAAAA